UGCCCAGCCCUCUUCUGUCUGAAUCUAAUCUAUCCUCUCCAUAAAAGAGUCAGAUAUGAUUCUGAUCAGAUAUAGUCUGACCUCACAAACGGGUGUUUCGUUUUAAGGUGGGGGCGUGUGCACCUUGCUGUGCCGCUAAUCCCUGGAUCCCGAGAGUAGGACCAGGAUUUCUGAGUCGGUGUUGCCAGGGGGAAGAAGGAGGAAGGUGGUGCCGCCUCGGACUUGUUGGAAAUGACAGCUGAAGACGGUGGAUUGGAGCAGGAAAGCAGUGGGAGAUAACGAAGAAAGUGUCCGUGUUCGCCGUGUGAAGGUGCAUUAUAGAUGGAUUCCCUAAUGAACGCGGUGACGCCACGCUCCCCAGCUCCCACCAAGAAGCUGUCCGAGGUGGACUUCCGCUCCGGGGCCACCUUGGAGCAGCUGUCGGCACAGGUGUCGGAGCUGGUUCUGUUGGAACAGGGGGAAUUUGGGGACCAGACCGCCUUAGAAGUCCAUACUGCCAAGGAUUUCAUCUUCAACAUGCUAGGUUUAGUCCAGAAGGUGGACCAGCGCCUCCCGGUGGCCAACGAGUACCUGCUGCUGUCAGGUGGCGCAAGAGAAGGGGUGUUGGACCUCAACCCUGAGGACCUGGGGGAGUACGCCAAAGGUGCCGACUUCGACCUAGACUUCACCCUGCUGGUGCCGGCCUUAAAGCUCCACGACCGUAACCAGCCCGUCACGCUGGACAUGAGGCACUCACCCCCGUGCCACUCAUGGCUCAGUCUUCGCCUCUGUGACUCCAGCGUACUGUCUCGUUGGAGCGUGUGCUGCCAGGAGGAGAAUGGACCCCUGGCUGAGGAGGAGGAAGAGGAGAUGGGUAAAGGCUCCAUCCCCUCCCUGGACUCUCCUCAGUCUCUGGACGGCUGCUACUUCUCUCCCUCCUUAGUGACGGACUGGUUCUGGGCGGUCGUCAGCGAGGCUGUGGAGGAGCUGAGGCGCAGCCCCCAGCGAGGCAUCCCGACCCCUGACCGGCUGGAGAGGAACGGACCCAUGACCACCAUCAUCCUUCAGGCGGGAUCCAGCCGGGUGCUGUACGACCUGCUGCCCGUGGUGUCGUUCCGGGGCUGGCCUGCUGUGGCCCAAGGCUGGCUGACUGCCAACCACUUCUGGGAUGGCAAGAUCACAGAAGAAGAAGCCAUCUCUGGGUUCUACCUGCUGCCCUGCUGCUCCCCGCUCGGUGGUCGGCCCGACAGGGAGUGGAGGCUGGCCUUCUCUCGCAGCGAGGUUCAGCUGAAGAAGUGCAUCUCGUUCCCCAUGGCCCAGGCCUUCCAGGCAGCCAAGGCCGUCCUGUCUCGGAUCUUGGCCCGCCCCCGCACAGGCCUUGGCCUCUACCACCUGCGCACCCUUCUGUUUUGGGCCUGUGACCGACUUCCAGCCGCCUACCUGUCCUGCCCAGACCCAGAGACUCCUGGCCGCCUCCUUCUCGGUCUGUUGGAUGACCUGGCUCAUUGCAUCUUGGGUAAAAACUGCCCCAACUACUUUCUGCCCCAGUGCAACAUGUUGGAGCAUCUGACUGACAGCCAGGCUCUGCUCGUCGCCAGGAAGCUGGCCCAUAUUCGCUCGGAUCCCAGCGAGCACCUGCGUGCAGCUCUGGACCAGGCACGGCAGGCGGGUCAGCUGAAGAAGGAGCUGACGGCUAGCACCAACGGCCAUGGCUCGCCCGGGCAUCACCCGGCCAACGGCAUCAUCUCGCCUUCGGAGGACAAGCUGGCGCAACGGCUGCAGCAGCUGGUCACAGAAAACCCCGGAAAAUCCAUAUCAGUCUUCCUGAACCCCGAUGACGUCACCAGGCCGCACUUCCGCAUCGAUGACAAGUUUUACUGAAUCCUGCGAAGGCGGGUUUAGUUUAGAAGCACACUGAAGCCUCCACCUACUGAAGUGGAUGGACUAAUCGUCAGACAGGUGGGAAAAAUGCACAAAAGCCUCCUGAAUGACUUCUUGCUGCUUGAGUCUUAAAACCAAAAACACACUUUUCCUCCAUCUGAGAACAAACAUCCAGGUUGAUGAUGUCACAACCUGUUUCCACGGAGGUGGCCCUCCUAACGAGCUGGCCUUAUGGAGACUAAACUAAGUAAAGGGCCCUCUUUGGUCCAGCAGAAUGAAAACAGACUGUGUAAACAUUUGCCUUAGGGAGUUAACAUGUCUCGCUCUAAAGAAACCAUUCUGCCAACUCUGUUUCACACGGGACGACUAGAAAUGAACAAAACAAGCUGAUGUAACUGAUUGUAAUGGAAGCAGGUCCGCCGAGUCUUCGAGCAAAGAGUCUUUUAUUUACUCUCACCGCUCCAUUUAUGGUGACUUUUUCACAUUUUUUUUCAACUUUCUCAGGUCUUUUGAAGUGUUUAAUUCCACUUUUCGUCACUCGGAAUGUAAAAAAAAAAAUCAGCAGAUGCAUAUCCACAAGAGUCACAAUCUGGAUUUAAGGCAGGUUUUCUCCUUUGUUCUCCCCUUCGAUGCCAGAUAGUUUAGUUAAACUGCAAAAUCAGUUCAUCCUGGUGGGAUGAGAGUUUCAAAUCGAUCUGAUCCAGACGAAAAACGGAUAAGCUGAACUCUUUUCAUAGCAAGCUGCUAUUCUGUGAACUGGUGUUUGCAGCUGUUCGAGUUUUGAUUUUUAAACUGCCAUGAGACGGGAGACGAUAACAAAAGUUGACAUCCAUAGUAACAAAGAUCUAUAAGAAAACUCUUUAUAAAUACAAUCCUAUGGGUCUAAUGGGACCUAAUCCUCUAGCCACUUACAGGUUCUGUCUCUAGGAAAAGUACCAUAGUUCUCAGUUGUUCAGUUUAAUUUCUGUCAGAAGUCACCAUAUUUUACCAAAACUGCCACAGAUGCCAACUAAUGAUGUCAGUAAACAGGAAGUCCUACUAAAGUAAAUGGAAACCCCCACAAAAUGGAAACUGUUAGGAAAGUCAUGAUGGGUCAUUUGUAACGAAUGAGUUUACACUGACGAGCACCUCUUACCAUUGAAGAAAAACUAACUUUGGGGCAAAGGAAUUUGGAAGUAAUUAGGACACAAAAAGAGAAAAGACCAUUUAAAUCUCUCAGAUCCCGGACAAGCCCCCAAAAUGGGAAGUUAACCAUUUUUGAACGUUUUUUUAUUAUGUAAAUGGAUGAAAAAAUAAUUAAGAAAACAUGCAAUUUAAGUCUAAAUAAGCCAGUUAUAAAUCAAACUCAUAGUUAGAAGCUAGAGGUAAAAGUGGGAGUACACCUGAGCAAACAGUUACUGUAGUGUAUGAGAUGUUGGUACUUUUUAAGGUUGCGCACAUUUCAGAGAUGCAGAAUCAUGAUUAUUACAUAAUGCAAACUUCGUUGAUGCAGAAAUAUUCUGAAAAAGGAUUUAUACUUUUCUCCGAAAUGGACAAGAGUUUAUGCAACACUUCCUACUGAAACAAGACAGUAUAAUUUAUGUAUGUUUUUUUUUUCCACACAAAGUAUAGAAAAUUAUCAUUCAAAUCAAAAUUAAACACUUGUGGAUGGUAAAUUUGAUUUUUAUAGUUCUCAGCGAUAAACACAAUAAUACCUAUAAGUUAAUAGUUUAGUUAUUCUUCAUUCUUAAAACUUUUUUUCAGUGUUAUUUUUGUUCUUAGAGACGUUUUGCUUAUCGGCACUUUUUAGAAUCCAGAGUGAAAGGGUCAGAUUCAGUUGCAGCUCAGGAGCUGCUUAAAGGCUAAUAUAAGGAAUAAAUCGAGAUACUUCACAGUAAAAAUGUCCACCAGGUGCCCUGGAUGACUUGGAUCUUUGUAGAAACAAUAACUGGUGUUUUCCUAAGACUUGACUGAUUCAGCUAAUUGUUGCAUGUCUCCUCUGCUUGGUUGGUUCUUUUUAAUGAGCUGCGUGUUGCUGUAUAAAGCUGAUGUUUGGCCAGAUGUUGGGAUUUAUCUCCUCAGCUGGAGGCGGUGGGGGG